AUGGCACAUAAAAAUGCUUUGCAAGAUAUAUCGCAUUUAAUACUCCAAGACUUAACUGGAAAUGUUCGUGGACGAGCUUCUAAUGUUCAUGAUAACGAAGAUUCAGUGACUGAUAACGUUCACGAUAAUGUUCAUGAUAACGAAGAUUCGGUGACUGAAAAUCCCUUUGUUGUCGAAACACCUACUGUUGAAGAUGAAGAUGCUUUUAAUUAUCAAGCAGAAAAUUCUGCUGCAGUGAAUAAUUUCGAAAGUGAUGCUGUAGCUGAAGCAUCAACUCUUGAAUUUCCAUUUGGUGCUUGUGAAUUUUCAGGAAACAAUGGUCCCCUGUUAGACCAAAAUAUUGAAGAAAAUGAAUUUCCUUUGGGCCCGUGUAUCUGUCCAGAAAUAAAUGAUCCUAUAUUAAACCAAUACAUGGGAGAGAUAAUGUCAUCAUUGCAAUAA